AGAGAGAGAGAGAGAGAGUGAGAGAGAGAGGCGGGGAGGCGACGAUCUGCUGCUAGCACCGUGCCGCCCGAACUCAAACUGUAAGCAGCAGCGCAGCACCAUCGCUUAGCUACACGGAAACGCCAACGCAGGAGCGGCGACGUCUUCUCCUCUGUGCAGUGAAACUAGUUUGGUGAGUUAUUUGGAGACGGCGGCUGCUGACCAUGAAGCGAAGCCGUGUUCCCAGCACCAGCGAGGAGUCUGAUAAUGGAAGUAAUUGCACAUCAUGGUCUCAGAUGUCGAACUCCCAUCACAGGAGACGAGACGGAAAGAGACCGUCAGAGGUGUUCAGGACUGAUUUCAUCACAGCAAUGAAGCUUCAUGACUCGUACCAGCUCAAUCCAGAGGAUUAUUAUGUGCUUUCGGACCCCUGGAGGCAGGAAUGGGAAAAGGGUGUUCAGGUCCCCGUGAGCCCCGAGUCCAUCCCUAAACCUGUAGUUCGCGUUAUGGCUGAGAAGUUAUCCAGUGUGUUGUUUACACGACCAAAGAAGCUGAUUCGCUCGUGGGGUCCGGAGGCGUCUGUGUUGGGGUACGUGGGUAUCGGGACGCUCUCUGAGGGGACGUGUCGUUAUGACCUAAACGAGGAAGAUGUCGCCUGGCUGGAGGUGGCUAACAGAGAGUUCGUUCAAAUGGGCAUGCAGCUGCUGGACGAGAACACCAUGGAGAAACUCAUGGAGGAGUUUGAGCGCCGUUGCUAUGACAACAUGAACCACGCCAUGGAAACGGAGGAGGGGCUUGGGAUCGAGUAUGACGAGGACGUGGUGUGUGAUGUCUGUCAGUCACCUGACGGAGAGGACGGCAACGAGAUGGUUUUUUGUGACAAGUGCAACAUAUGUGUGCAUCAGGCGUGUUAUGGCAUCCUGAAGGUUCCAGAAGGCAGCUGGCUGUGUCGGACCUGCGCGCUGGGCAUCUCACCUAAAUGCCAGCUCUGCCCAAAGAAAGGCGGAGCCAUGAAACCCACCCGCAGUGGCAGCAAGUGGGUUCAUGUGAGCUGUGCACUGUGGAUACCAGAGGUCAGCAUAGGCAACCCAGAGAAGAUGGAGCCCAUAACGAGUGUGUCUCAGAUCCCUAAUAACCGAUGGGCUCUAAUCUGCUGCCUGUGUAAAGAGAAAACCGGAGCUUGCAUACAGUGCUCAGCUAAGAGCUGCCGCGUGGCCUUCCAUGUUACCUGCGGCCUGCAACGUGGCCUGAAAAUGAACACCAUACUUACAGAUGAUGACGAGGUCAAGUUCAAAUCCUACUGCCCUACACACUCGGGUAUGGACUGGCACGAGCAGAGUGGCUUAAUAGACGCUAAAGGGAUAGCAGGGAGGGCAAAAGGAGCAGAUGGAGCACAGCUCAGCGAAAGAAAGCUCCGUGUGCAGCAGCUGGAGGAUGAGUUUUACAGAUUCGUUAACAUCGAGGAGGUCUCCAAACACCUACAUGUGCCACUGGAGAACGUGGACUUUGUGUUUCAGUACUGGAAGCUGAAACGCAAAUCAAACUUCAACCAGCCGCUCAUUACACCCAAGCGAGAAGAAGAGGAAAGCCUCGCUCGGAGAGAACAGGAAGUGCUGCUUCGCAGGCUUCGUCUCUUCACCCACCUGCGGCAAGACCUGGAGAGGGUGCGGAACCUGACCUACAUGGUGACCCGUCGGGAGAAGAUCAAACGGUCUGUGUGUCGAGUGCAGGAGCAGAUAUUUCAUCACCACGUCCGACUGCUGGAGCAGGGAAGGCUCUCUGGCAUAUCUUCCACCAGGCAACUGGAGGAGGCCAUGUUCUACUUCCGGGUCGCACCCUCCACAUCCACUUCCCCCCAACCUCUGAGAGGGCACACGGCUCAGAACAGCGCCACCGAGCACUUACAGAGGAGGAAUGUCCCACGUCACGGAGCCUCCAGACGAGGCCAAAACGAAGGGGAUAAAUCCGUUAAAAUGGACUCCUCUCUGCUGAGUAAACUGUCCAGCUCAGAGGGAGUCCCAAAUGCUGACUGCGGUGCAAAUGAAACUGCAACGAACGAGACCGAGCGGUCUGUAGGAGAGCGGAGGAAAAGGAGGAGGAGCAGGAUUUGGGAGCAGCUACCAGAGAGAAACAGUGCAGGGUCAAAGGUCACAGAUGAGACCGCGCAGAACAGUAUAAUGGAUCAUAACGCGAUGUCUGACAGCAAAGCGGCAGAAAUGAAAACUUCUGUCACGGUGCAGAAUGUGUACAAUGGUUCUCUUAGGAGGAUGAAUUCAAGUCAGCAUCAGGGAAAGAUGAUGUCAGAAAAAGUGUCCAAUGUUAAAAACUGGGGAAGUUUCCGCAUUCCAAAACGAAGCGAUAGCAAAGGAGCAGACGGAGAGCAGGAAGCGGAGGGGAGGGACUUUACUCGUUCUCAUUCCAUCAGAUCUCUAGAUUCAAGCCACACCCCUACAUCCCCUCCAAUCAGAACUCGGCUAUGGGCGGGCACGGAGAACCGUGACCUCGGCUCGGAGGCCGAUCACAGCCAAUCAGAGCAGAAGAAGAGAUGCCACACCCAGCGACUUCGGAGUCACGACCCCGUGACACAGCGGUACGGCUCGGAGGUUCUGCGGCGUGGAGUCCUCGCGUCAUGAAAUGGCACCGUGAAAACUUUGUGAAGUUAUGUGUCAAAUAACUUUUUCUUGUGUAAUCCAAAUAAAAGCAGCGCUUAGAGGAGCCGCAUGUAAGAUUUUCCUUUGCAUUCUGACUUCAUGCAUCGGUUACAGACCUCAAACUUAGUGUUAUUUACAAACAGUGAAGUAUUUGGUUCCUGAGUGGGUUCUUUAAACAUAAUUCCAGUCCUGGGACAUAAACAAACCAGACAGGUUGAGCGUACAGACACAUUUAUACUCCAAUAGCUUGUUGUUAGGUAAAUUUCUUGCUGUUCCUAAAAUACAGCAGACUUUGCUUCAUAGUAAUCUUACAUGUAGCUCCUUUUAAGCUUCUGUUGCCGGACAGGUAUUUAUUUUUCUAUUUCAUAUCUUUCUUGAUGCUGCUUCUUUUUAUUUCGUACUUCCUUUAGCUGGCUUUCCUUUAUUUUCCUCUCGUCGCCUGCUACGAUGCAUAGUGCACAUGACAAGGUCUCAGAGGCUGAAUGCUAAGCUUGUGAUCAAAGACAAUGAAAUUAGUUUAGCUAAUUAGCUCUUUUUUUUGUUGGAAACCUGUCAGAAACACAAACAAUCAUGAUUUUUCCAGAUCAUGUCAUUAUUAUUUUUUUCUUGAUAUGAAUUGCUUACAGCAGUAGUGUUGAACACUGGUCUGAAUCAAGUGAUGAAACUUGCUGACAUGUACAAUCGUGACUAGCACUUAGUUCAGUAGGUUCCAGUUCAAAGCCUAGGGAAAUCCUGCACGGCACAGAUUUGUGUUUUUUUUUUUCCCCACUCCGACAUGCCUGUUAAGCCCUUUAGCUGGUCGAUUCAUGUGCGUAUUGUAGGAAAAUAUGAUAUGCUGAGGCUUUUGGGAUUGUGAACCACUGACUUUGUAACGUAUAUGCAUACACUUUAGUGGUAUUAUGUCAAAUAGAUAAAUUUAUCCCCUCAUUCCGCUUGUUUACAACAUGCCCUUGUUGACCGUCUGUCCGUGUGUGUGUGUGUAUCAGACAGAAUACACUCAUCCUAGCAAGCACAAUUUACAUUAUUAGCUAUUUUACUGUCUAUUUGCUUUAAACUAUGCACAUAUUGGCCAAAGUGGCUGGCCUUCUAACCAGCCAGCAGAUUAGACCCCAAUCUGAAUGAAGCAAAUAUUUUGAAAUGUAAAGAAUUUUAUUGCUCCUGUGUGUUUUUAAACUCCACUCACAAUUUCUCUAAUUUGGAAAUGCAGAGAACGUGCGGUACCUUCUGUACCUUGUCUUCAUACAGUAUAUCAUCAGUCACACUUUACUUUAGCUCAUAAAAUAUAAGAACAAACAUUUUACUUAAGGGGGAAAAAACGUCAACGGGUGAAAGUCAACCAGGGCGUGCGGACAAACAUGUUGGAACGUAGCCUUGGCCCUCCAGUCUGGGCUUAAAUUAGUUGUAAACGCUUAAUUUUUUUUUAUACCAGUAAUAAUCUCUGCAUUGUUUUCUGGGGUGGUUUGAAUUCCAGGAUCUACCCCUGAAACUGUAUUUAUGAAUUAAUUUAUUUCGUGUAAUUUUUUUUUUCUUUUUCUUUCUUCCUUUUCCUACGUAAAGAGACUGUGGCGCUCCGUUUUGUCGUCAUGGCAUCUUUCUCUCCUCAGGUAAUUCUUUAUUUUGUGCACUUCUGUGUUCCCCAGAAUAACAACCAAGCCUGAUUCUUAAAUAAUAAUUAAAUAGUUUUACAGCCGAGAAACGCCACUCGGCGUAAGGGACCUGUUUCAAGAAAACUGACACAAAAGCGUUUUCCUCAGAAAGAAAUUCAAAUGGCUGUCACAUUAAAACGUGUGUACACCCUGUUCCUUCACAAUAGUAAUAAUAAUAAUGUUUUAUCCCAGCAUCAAGUGUCAUUUUUUGGGGCUUAUGAGCAUUUUGUUUAGAAAUUAUUAGAAAGCACUGUAACUUUAAGAUCAUCUUAUCUGUUUGAGAACAGAUUUUAAAGAUGCUCUCGCGCUCUCUCUCUCUCUCUCUCUCUCUCUCUCUCUCUCUCUCUCUCUCUCUCUCUCUCACCCUCCCUCUUCCCCAUGCUCCCCCUCACCCCCACCCCCCUCGAACCCUGUACACUGGUCUGGUGGGAUUGAUCCGUAAUCAUCAUCAGUCGUCCCUGUGUUGUUUUUGUAACUGGAUUUAACAUGUAAUACAACUAAAGAAUGAGAUCAAUCUUCAUUAAAUUCACUUCAGACAUUUUCCCACUUUCUAAAAUUAGGUUAAAAUGUCUACAAAAAGUGUCCUCCUCUUAACAGGGGUUCAUGUUGCACUAAGUUGUAAAGAACGAUUAAGAGAAAGUUCAAAAUUUGUGCCACAAAUGACUGAAACCAUGACAAUGUAUUUUGGAAGAUUUUCUUAAGCCCAAGCUUCACUACUUGUCAGCGUUGCCUUUGGUCAGUACAAAAUUAGAUUUGCACUUGGAUGUUUUCUUUAUGUUUUUUGUUUGUUUGUUUGUGUUUAUGCUAAUUGUGAGCAGACUUCUGAGAGGUCUGUGUUGAUCUUGUGCCUGUGUGGCUUUGGUUAACAUGUUGCACUAGAAUAGAGCAAUGCAGCGCAGCUUGACUAUGUUCUCUAAAAAGUUAUUUUUCACAUACAAAGAGACCUUUUAUAUGAACAUGUGCUGCUGUAUUUUUUUGUUAUGCAUCUAUUUUGUGAAUAAACCCCUUUGAGAUUAAACUAGCAAGUCUUUACUUAA